CUCACAGAACCGGAACUAACGUUACCCGGCAGCGGGACCUCAGAGCGAAACGUAAACAAUGGCCGCCGUGACCUCCGCCAGACCGUAUCACGUUGUUGUUUUCGGUGCCUCGGGGUUCACCGGACAGUUUGUUGUGGAGGAGGUCGCCCGUUGCGCCUCAGAGGGUCCCGGCGGCGUACCUCUGAAAUGGGCCGUGGCCGGGAGAAGCAGACAGCGCCUGGAAGACGUGCUGAAGCAAGCAGCGAGGAGGCUGUCCAUGCCUGACUUGAGCACAGACGUUGAAAUCAUCGUUGCCGAUGUGUCUAUUGAGGAGUCACUGGCCAUCAUGUGCCAACAAGGUGUGGUGAUCCUCAACUGUGUGGGACCAUACAGAUUUUACGGUGAACCAGUGGUCAAAGCUUGCGUUGAAAAUGGAGCCCACUACGUGGACAUCUGUGGGGAGCCUCAGUUUCUGGAGCGUAUGCAGCUGGAAUACCACACUAAGGCCUUGGACAAGGGAGUGUAUGUGAUUGGUAGCUGUGGGUUUGACUCCAUACCAGCAGAUCUGGGUAUCCUUUACACUCAGAGGCAGUUUAAAGGAACUCUUACGGCAGUGGAGAGCUUCCUGAAUAUUCGCAGUGGGCCCAGGGGGUCGACUGGCCACGAUGCCACUUGGCAGUCUGCGGUGUAUGGCUUCGCAGACAGCGGAUCUCUCCGCCAGCUGAGGAAGAAGUUUGGCCACCAGCCGCUGCCUGUGAUCGGAGCCAAAGUCAGGAGGAGGGGUUUCGUGUUUUUCAGCAAGGAGAUAGAGCAGUAUGCCAUCCCCUUUAUGGGUUCUGACCCCUCAGUAGUCAAGAGGACCCAGCGCUUCCUUCACGAGGAGGAACAACAGUCACCAGUCCAGUACACCGCCUACGUCGGGGUCGGUGGCCUCUUCUCCGUAGUGAAGCUCCUCUGUGGUGGCCUGCUCUUCUGGGUCAUGGUCAAAUUCAGCCUGGGCAGGAAACUCCUCACCACGUUUCCAUCCUUCUUCUCCUUCGGUUUGUUCAGCAAAGCGGGUCCAACCAUGAAGCAGAUAGAAGACACUUGCUUCAGCUUGGCGUUUUAUGGGGAGGGCUACUCCGUGGGGACGGAUCCCUCUCAGGGUCGACCCGACGCCAAAAUCUGCACUCAGGUCGUUGGAGCAGAGCCGGGUUACGUAGCGACGGUCUCUGCUAUGGUACAAGCAGCUGUAACCAUCCUGAAUGAACUGCACUCUCUCCCCAGGAGGGGAGGGGUUUACACUCCGGGAGCUGCCUUCUACAAGACCAGCCUGAUCGAGCGCCUCCACAACCACGGCAUCAAGUUCUCAGUCAGAAAAUACCAGUAACCCCUUGACAUCUUGAAAAACACGCCGCCGUCCAGUUCCAGUGCGUUGUAUUUGUGCUGGUGUCUUUUGGAGAUGUUGCGCAACCUUUCAUUCAGUCAACAAGACUGUUAUUUACUGUGAAUGUCACUGGAAAAUCCUGAAACCCACAUCCCUUGUUUGUCUGCUUGUUGCUGAGGUUUGCUAUUUUCCCGGGGACUACUUAUGCAGAGGGAGACUCAGUUUUGCUCAUAGACACUUCAGAAAACACAGUCGGCACUGGCCACCACCCCCCGAGGCCAAAUCAUAUACAUAUAUAUAUGUGUGUGUACAUAUAUAUAUGUAUACACAUGUGUGUGUUUUAAAAUUAACUUAAAUUAUUAAAUGAAAUUAGUUGUGAAUGUAGUCAAAGAGCCAAUUUACAUCAUUGAUGUAACUGUGUUUUUAAUUACUAUAAUCAAUGACUUUUUAAAAAUGUACAGUAUAGUUGAUACUUUGGAUUGUCUUUUUUUUCUGAUUAAAGUAUCAUAAAAGUA